AUGAAAGGCCAACGUAAACAGAGCGCCAAAGCGCGUUUCCUGUAUAAAUUGCUGCCUGUGGGUUUUCGACGGACGUUGGCAAGUGUAUCACUCGGCAUCACCAUUGGCAUCGUAGGGACUUUAAUGCUAUUAGAAAUCAAGGAAGAAACGAACGAGGAAAGAAGACGCAUACCUAUAUCAACUGAACGCAAACCGUUUCACCCUACGGUAUUGCCCACACACAAAGCACUGCGUUAUGGAAUGCCGUCGAAUUCGAACGUUCACGUUCGGUCAGGUUACGUCGUCUCAUUCGAUUACCGAACGCGCAAUCCGUCGUGGGUGAUGGAGUAUUUAACCAAGGACUCUCUGCGUGUAAAGCAAGAGACAGAUCGAGCGAACUCCAAGUUUGCGGUGGAUCAAGAUGUCCCUGAGCAAUUCAGGGUGCACCCAAACCGAUACUUGAAGAGUGGUUAUGAUAAGGGUCACCUUGCACCAGCUCGUGAUAUGAGUCACUCGCAAGAAGCCAUGGACGAGAGCUUCUUAAUGACAAAUAUGUCACCACAGGUUGGUGGCUUUAAUCGUGGUUACUGGUCACGCCUUGAAGGGUUCAUGCGUCACUUGGCUGGCCAGUACGACGCUAUCUACGUCAUUACUGGGCCUCUGUUUUUACCCAAGAAAAACAAGCAAACUGGAGAGUAUAAAGUGUCGUAUCCUGUCCUAAAUACUCCACCAAAUGCUAUUGCUGUUCCAACACAUUUCUUCAAAGUAGUGCUGGGGGAAAAGCGAGGUGGGAAAGAUUUUGCUGCAGCUGGCUUUAUUUUACCAAACAGGUUUAUUCCAGACAACAAAGACCUUCGCGACUUUCAGGCUCCGCUAGACGUCAUUGAAAAACAAGCUGGUCUGCUUUUCUUCGAUAAGCUAGAUGGUGCGAAGAAGACUGAUCUAUGUAGUGAAACCAAGUGUACACUUGGUGCAUCUUACCGCAAAGCUUUGUCCAUCAAAUCUCACUGA